GUCAAGAGCUAUGCCGCAGAAGAAGAAGGAUCUGCGGCGUUGGUGUAAAUGGAAGUUACACUUGAUCCAGUUGGAUGAAAGUGGUGGAAAGCAGCAUUCUGUACUGAUAUAUUGUUUGCAGUGGCUAAGUGAGUAUAAGCAGGAUGUCUGGGGGACCUGCAGUACGUGUGAGCAUCGAGUCAUCUUGUGAGCGGCAAGUGCAGGAGGUUUCGCUGGAUGGCGUAGAGACGUAUGUGCCGCCACUCUCUAUGUCUCAGAAUCUUGCAAAGCUUGCACAGCGCAUUGACUUUGGCCAUGGCUCUGACUCAGACGAGGAGGACCCAAGCAGGGAGAGCAGAGAGUCUGACUGGAGCAAGCAGGAACCUGAGGAGGAUGGCCCAAUGAAAUUUCAACCAUGCUUGUGGCCAUGGGACUCUGUGCGGAACCAUUUGCGCAGUGCUUUAACUGAGAUGUGUGUGUUGCAUGAUGUGCUCAGCGUUGUCAAGGAGAAGAAGUACAUGGCUCUUGAUCCGGUAUCACAGGAUCCUUCUGUGGCAAAGACACCUCAGGUCUUCCAGUUGAUCAGUAAGAAGAAGUCUUUGGCCACUGCAGCCCAGUUGCUACUGAAAGGGGCAGAGAAGCUGAGUAAGUCUGUAACAGAGAGCCAGGAGCAGCGGCGCCAGCGUGACUUUAACGCAGAGCUGCUGCAUCUGCGGUCACAGUGGAAACUGCGCAAAGUUGGAGACAAAAUCCUUGGAGACUUGAGCUACCGCAGUGCUGGAUCUCUCUUUACCCAUCAUGGCACAUUUGAGGUCAUUAAGAACACCGAUAUUGAUUUAGAUAAGAAGAUCCCAGAUGAUUACUGUCCUCUCAAUGUCCAGAUUCCCAGCGACCUGGAGGGUUCGGCUUACAUAAAGGUCUCUAUUCAGAAACAGGCCCCUGAUAUAGGAGACCUGGGCACAGUAAACCUUUUAAGAAGGCAACCCAAGGCCAGACCAGGUUCCCAGGCAUGGCAUCUAAAGCUGGAAGCUGCUCAGAAUGUGCUGCUCUGUAAGGAGAUCUUUGCUCAGCUCUCUCGGGAGGCUGUGCAGAUAAAAUCCCACAUUCCACACAUCGUUGUCAAGAACCAGAUAAUCUCCCAGCCUUUCCCUGGGCUGCAGCUCUCAAUUUCUCUGUGCCACUCCACUGUGGAGAAGAAAAACCAGAGAACUUCACCUGACAAAGCCAAGCCAGAUGACCACCUGUAUGUGCUUGAGCACAACCUGCACCAGCUUAUUAGAGAGUUUCAUAAGCAAACCUUGAGCUCGUCAGUUAUGCCCCAUCCUGCAAGUGCUCCAUUUGGGCCAAAGCGGUUGCGACUGGCUGGGCCAAUGGCGUACGACAAAGCCGAGAUCAGCUGUCUACAGCACGGUGAGGGCCUGCUGGAGAAAAUCGUCAAACAAGCCAAACACAUUUUCCUCAGAAGCAGGACAGCACGUACCAUUGACUGCUUGGCAAGUCGUAUAGAGGAUCCUCAGAUUCAGGCUCAUUGGUCCAACAUUAAUGAUGUUUAUGAGUCCAGUGUAAAAGUGUUAAUCACCUCACAGGGCUAUGAGCAGAUCUGCAAAUCUAUUCAGUUGCAGUUGAAUAUUGGAGUGGAGCAGAUCAGGGUAGUGCACAGAGAUGGUAGAGUCAUCACUCUUUCCCACCAGGAGCAAGAGCUGCAAGACUUUUUACUAUCCCAGAUGUCUCAGCAUCAGGUGCAUGCAGUGCAACAGUUGGCAAAGGUGAUGGGUUGGCAUGUGCUGAGCUUCAGUAACCAUGUGGGGCUGGGAGCUGUCGAAAGCAUCGGCAAUGCCUCUGCUAUCACUGUAGCAUCACCCAACGGAGAGUAUGCCGUCUCAGUACGGAAUGGACCAGAGAGUGGCUGUAAGGUUCUCGUUCAAUUUCCACGUUGCCAGACUAAAGACCUGCCAAAGAGUGACGUGUUGCAGGAUGGAAAGUGGAGUCAUUUGCGGGGCCCAUAUAAGGAAGUGCACUGGAGCAGGAUGGAGGGCAGGAACUUUGUCUACAAAAUGGAGCUUCUAAUGGCAGCAUUGACUCCCUGUCCUUAGAACACAUGUGUUCCACAGAGGCAUCCCAGAAGGCCAUUGGCAACUUGCGACAGCAAGAGCACAGUUUCCAGGGUUCCGACACCCAACAAAAUGGAAAACAGAACUAUGUUCCACAGAACUACAUUCUUUGGAUGCUCACACAUGUCCCAAACAUCCUGAUUAAACAAGUAGCUUUCACUGUGGUGAAAAAAAACACAUUUGAGCUAUUUUUUUAAACAGUCAGCUUUUCAAAGAUUAACAUUUUUCUGGCUUUCCUUACUAAGGCUUCUAAAUUAAGACUAAUAGCAGUUUUCAAGUUAUUUAGCAAGCGAAAAAAGUUGUUUAAGCUGGGGAUUAAGUGGAAAUGAAAGUGUCUUUGUGUUUAAAGAACAUUAAGCUUUAGUAAUUUCAGAGCUGUUAAAGAUGCAUGAAGUGACUCAAAAGUUUAAACUAGGCCACAUUAGUUGCACUUUCUGUUCCUUAAAGUAAAGACACUUUCUGUUCCCCAAAGAGAAACGCUUCCUUUUAGUGCUAACAUACAGGAUGUGUGGGAGAGGGUGUGUAUGGGUGAAUGCAUUUUACUUUAAAGUCUCGUUGAAGAAGGGGUAGCUAAAUAUGCUAUCUCCAGUGUCACAGAGAGGGCCAUCCUGCAGCCCAACGGCAGAGACUAUCAUACAAUACAGUGCUCCGGCCACACCCACAGCAGACAGCAGCAUGGAAACCAUCAUCUGCAAUGUCAAAGACCAAGUACAUUAUCUAGUGCCACACUUGUCUGGAUUGGUUGUCAGCAAAAGAAGCUUCCAACCAUUUUCCCCAAAGAAAAUGCCAUAUUUCACAACCCCAAAUUUAAUACAUUCGCAUUUACAAA